AUGCUCCUCACUGUCAUACUUGAUUCAAAGUUGAUUCAAGCCAUGAUCAGCACCACCAUUUCUUUUUGUUUGAUUUUGGGUAGUCGUGAACGGCACACUGACCAUUUCCUCAGCGAUUUCAGCUUCUCUCAGCCUACCAUGGCUUCGACAACAUCUGGACUCUUUUCUUUUUCUCAAACAGAACCAUCAGCGGACCUCUUGACAGGUUCGUCGUGGGCUACGACAGCAGAAGGACCACAGAACUUUCAAGAUUUCUCAGACAAUGGAUCUGCCCAUUCCGGAGAAGCCGAGGAGUUCAUUUUCACAUCUGGCCAGACUACCCCCCGAGGAAGCCGUGUUCACUCCCAAGGACGCCAGGACAUUCAGACCAACUGGACUGCAUCCAGGACUGCUCCUGUGACCCGAGGUGGACAAGCGAUGUCCAGGGUUAGCUCGAACAGAUCCAACGGCUCUGCGCUGUCACAAUCAUCACACUUGUCCAACAACAUGGACUUCACAGGUAAUGCUUCCGCUCUCCAGACUGGAACCCAGACCGGUGCUGCCAUGGCGGGAAUUGAUACUUGCCUCCUGGACACCGAUGCCGAUGGCAUCACGACCCAGAUGUACUGGCCUGGAUACUCCCUCGACGUUGGACUGAACGGCGAUGCCACCUUUUCCCUGCCGGACUCCAGCCCCCUCCACGUGGUCCCAGCCCACAUGCAGCUUGGCCCUGAUGUCAGCCUUGCCGAGAACUCUCCCCCUAGCCCCUGGGACUGCUUUUCUAGCUCCAUCUCCCGAUCUUCCUCUCCCAACACCAUCGAGGACCUGUGGUUCCCCACCCAGAGCCCCAACUCGUCGCCUCAGAUCCAAUGCCAGUCGCCUAGGUACGUAUUACCCGAUCGCAAAGUGACUCCCAAAUCGGUUUCUCACCUAGUCGAUUCUUUUAGCCUUGACCGGAACCUUCCCCUGAUCUCCGAGGAUGCCAAUGGAAAGGUGAUGCCUCAGCUUGAUGAGACCCUUGCCCUGCCUGCUCCUUUUGCCGGACCCCGACGACAGAACAGUGAUGGUGAGUCCGCCAGGGACCACGAUCUUUACAAGAAGGCCGCUCCCCAUGAGGAUGGACUCUACCACUGCCCCUGGGAGGGACAGCCCAGCUGCAACCACAAGCCCGAGAAGCUUAAGUGCAACUAUGACAAAUUUGUGGACUCCCACCUGAAGCCCUACCGCUGCAAGGCCGAGUCGUGCGAGGGCGCCCGCUUCUCGUCGACUGCGUGCCUCCUCCGUCAUGAGCGUGAGGCCCACGGACUCCAUGGCCAUGGUGACAAGCCUUUCCUUUGCGUCUACGAGGGAUGUGAGCGUGCUGUGCCCGGAAAUGGAUUCCCCCGCCAGUGGAACCUCCGAGACCACAUGAAGCGCGUCCACAACGACCACGGAAGCUCCAGUGGCUCGCCCACCAACGGAUCCGCCCAGCCUUCCAAGGGACGUAAGCGCAAGACUGAAGUGACCGAGACUCAGACCGCCCCCAGCCGCAAGGCGGCCGUCAAGUCCAUGCCCAUUCCCCAGGAGCCCAAGGAGUCCGCGACCCAGCCCCUUCUUGACCAGUGGAUGGAGCACCGUAAGGCCGUGGAGAACCUCUUCCAGACCCUUGUCAAGCCCGAGGAUGCCCAGAACGUCCAGCACAUCGCCACCAUGCAGAAGCGCCUCACUUCCAUGAUGAAGCUUACCAACGACCUCAACUCGGUCAAGACUGGCAACGCUAUUGCUGGCACCGGUUGA